GCGCUUAUAUAGCGCCCCGUUUUUCCACCCAAACCAACGGAAACAUUAACAAUGGUUUGCCAGCGCUUUGGUCGCCGUGGAAGCGGUCGCGUAUGUUUAGCCGACUCACGCGUACCGAUGAUAACACUUACGAUCUGUACGCCGUCGCCAAUCAUAAGGGAAAUAUGCAGAGCGGACACUACACCGCCUAUUGCCGGAAUCCGAUCGACAACUGUUGGUAUCUCUUUGACGACACGAAAGUUGUUGCCGUCAACGAGUCGUCGGUCAUAACAGCCGACGCAUACAUACUAUUCUAUCAGCGAAGUAGCCUCUCGUCGGCGCUGUCGUCGUGCGCGUCGUCCUCCACCUCCGGCUACAGUAGUUCCGCGAGUUCUUACUAUAGCGACCACUGGGCCUUCCGGAUGCCUCCCUUUAACUACUGGUCCCCCAAAGCGAGCAAAAGUCACGACAAUCUGUCGUCAGAAGUGAUUAAUGAGAAUUUGUGCCAAAAGCGAGAGCAUAACACCGCCGCCGAUGUCGCCCACAUCGCAGCCCACGACCACCAAUACCUCCGCGACGGCCGUCACGACCACCACUACAACCACCGCACGGGACACGACCCGAAGCUAUGCAAGUCUGCCUUCAAAGAGUUCUCAAAUCAAAUCUAAGUCAUUGCAAACGGAGACUAAAACACUGCUUACAAACAAUACUAAGGAAACGGUCGCAGAA